UUCGCUUCUCCUGCCUUGUCCUCCUCACAGAAGUGGGCUUACCUCCCUCCAUCUCGCCAAGAUGACUUUCUGCUACCAGAACCAGUGUGAGGAUUCCUGCUACUCCCCCUGCAGUCCCUGCAGCUACGGGACCGUGUACAGCUACAGGACCUACGACUGCGGGAGCCCCUGCGGCUACCGGGGCUACGGGAGCCUGUGCGGUUACCGGGACUGCUACCCCUCCUACAGCUCCCGCUACUGCUACCCCUACUCUUCUUGCUACACCCGUAGAUACAGCUAUGGGAGCUGCUACCCCUGCUACCCCUGCUAAAUCCAGAUGGAUUUAAUGGGAAACGAGGACUGAGAAUGAAUUAAUUACGGAAUUCACGGCUGCCGUCAGGGGGAGAGUUUGCAGGUGCCCUGAGUCCAGGACUGCGGCUGAAAGCCGUAGUAUUUUGGGGAGCUCAGUAUUUCUGUAAAACUCCUUCCACAUUCUUCCAAAAUGUUUUGUCUUCCUUCUUUUCCUACUGAUUUCUUAACCCUACUAGUCUUCCUAUGGAUAUGUUUCUGACUUAACUGAUUUUGAAGCUAUACCAAAGAAAGAACAAAUCAUCUGAUCGAAUUUGUAUCAUUGGACUUAAACAAGUGGAAAAGUUUGAAAAUGGAAAUUGAUAGCCAAAUGCUACAGCUGUAGCAGCAAAAAUGACCCUGGGAGAUUUUCUGCAGAUGUAGUUUAAUCUUUGUAGGCUUUCUUUCUGCUUCUGCUUUCUGUGUUAUUUUAGAUCCUUAUUGUGAGCUUUAUUCUUAUUAAAAAUGUUAUAGCAUCA